ACCAGUCCCUCAGUCGACGUGGCUCGUUGUUUCCAAUACCAUCCGAUGUUCAUAUGACGAUAUGACAGAAGAGGAAACAACUUAAUAUCCCAUCCUUGAAAUGAGAUCGUAUCACGCUCCAUAGCUCUUCCUCGUCUUUUAUAGCUCAACAUGUAUUGAGUCGAAUGCAGUCCUUUUGUGAUUAUGUGCAGAGAUAUGAUUUCAAUAUUUUUGAAGUUCCCUGUUAACGAUAGAAUAUAACGUCGAAACGGAAACCACAGCUUUAUGGGAAUAGUUGGAAGCAUGAUAUUGUGUCUGAUAUUUCAACAAUAAUCUCGCAAGAACCAAGAGUUUGCACUACAAUUGUGUUCUGGAGACUCCUUGACAGUUUGGAAUAAUAAGUGGCAAUCCAGUAAAAUGGUCCUGAGAAAUGAUGAUGUCUGUCCCCAGUUGGAAACCGACGCAAAUGGCAUUGACAUGGAAAGUGAAUCAGCUCAUGGAAGCAGCUCACAAGUCAGGCAAUGGAUAAGAGAUUCAUGUACAACUGGAUUAUUAAAAAGGCGGCUGCCAUUUCUGCAAUGGGCACCAACAUACACAUUUCGUUCCAUCUUCCAUGAUUGCAUAGCUGGUUUCACUGUUGCACUUACAGCUAUUCCUCAAGGAAUUGCAUAUGGGGCAGUAGCAGGACUUCCUGUUGAAUAUGGAUUGUAUACCGCAUUUGCUGGCCCUUUUGUCUACGCAUUACUUGGUUCAGUGAGGCAAAUCACUGUUGGUCCGACAGCAGUUAUGGCUAUUAUGACACAUGAAUACGCAGUAAAAGGAGGCGCACCCUACGCAAUCGUAUUGUCUUUUCUAGCUGGUUGCAUUGAGCUGAUGGCCGGUCUUCUGAACUUGGGUUGGAUUAUGGAAUUCAUAUCUGGGCCUGUUAUAUCAGGUUUUUGCUCCGCUGCAGCUGUCACUGUCAUAACCGCACAAUUCAAAACUCUUUUGGGUCUUAAAUUUCCCGGUUCAUCUUUCGCCAAAGUUUUCUCAGGCAUUUUCACUAACUGGAAGGAUAUCAGUUUGUGGGAUACAGUCCUCGGUUUUUCUUUUAUAUUUUUUCUCCUGCUUCUCAAGAGUUUGACUGACAUGAGAAAAACUUGUACCACCUGGAGCUGCCUUCGUAACCGUCAUGUCAGCAAAGUGAUGUGGUUUGUUUCAACAUGUCGCAAUGCUCUAGCUGUUGUCCUUGGUUGCGUUAUUGCAUAUUCUUUCGAGCUCUAUGGAUAUCACCCUUUCAAUCUCACCGGUGAAAUCAAAUCAGGAGUACCGUCAUUUCAUUUGCCACCAUUUAGCUUCGAACGUCCCAUAUCAAAUUCCUCUCUUUCCAACUCAACGGAUCCUGGUUUCGAAUUGGUGACAUUUGAAACUAUCGUGUCCGACUUGGGCAUGGGUCUAGUCAUGGUUCCAAUGAUAGCCAUUCUGGAACAAGUGGCGAUCGCCAAAGCUUUCUCUAAUGGCGGAAAAACAGACUCAACUCAAGAGAUGAUUGCGGUCGGUGCUGGAUCGAUUUUUUGCUCCUUUUUUGGAUGUUUGCCAUUGACAGCUUCCUUCUCUCGCAGUUCUGUCAUGUCUGCUAGUGGAGGGAAAACUCAAUUUGCCAAUUUCUUCAACGGCUUUGUGAUAUUGAUCGCCCUGAGCCUUUUGAUGCCAACUUUUUAUUACAUUCCAAAAUCCAUUCUGGGUGCUGUCAUUAUAGUCGCUGUCUACUCCAUGGUAGAGUUGGAUGAAAUUCUUCCCAUGUGGAGAGGAAGAAGAAUUGAGUUGAUACCUUUCGGAACGACCUUCUUCUUCUGUUUGCUUAUCAACAUCGAAUACGGCAUUCUGAUUGGGGCGUUAGUCCAUUUGUUGUUGCUGGCACAUGAAGCUACUCGGACGAAAUCCAGUUAUGUUAGAUAUAAGAAACAAGGUGUAGGGGAGCGUAUCAUUCUCAGGGCGGACCGCAAUCUCUAUUUUCCUUCUGUGGAGCGAUUUCGCCAAGCACUGGGUAAGAUAUCCAGUGAAAGAAUUGACGAUGCUACACCAAAGACUAUAAUUAUCGACAUGAGCCGCGUCAGCGAAAUCGACCACACGUCACUUAAGAUGCUGAAGGCAAUGCUGUCCUCCUGGGAAAAAGGAGGCGAGAAAUAUUCUUUCGUCAAUGUUAGUGUGAACCUCGAGAAAAAUAUGCUUUCCGUCUUACCAGCUGGAAUCAACAUUUUACAUGCCCCGACGGAUACCGACACUGGUGACAGCGAAGACAUGGAAGAGGCUGGAGCGUUACUCGCAGUUUCGAUCACCGGCAAAGACACGCAGCACGUCUAGAAUUGUACUGACAGGUCUAUCUUUAUAGCAACAUACUCUUGUCGAUUCCAAAAAGAUAUUCUUGAGGGAGAUAUUUAGACACGGAAUUUGACUGCGUGUUAAACUGUAAUCCAGCAAAAACAACCGAUAGGAAGCUUCCUGUUAAAUGCAAUGACAGUAGGGAUCAAGUUGAUAACGAGUCGAAUACUCGCUAGCCAAACCACAUGGAGCUAAUGAUGCACACAAAAAAAGUCGAUGGUUAUAAAGUUGGCUAAUUUAAUAUUUAUCAGCUUGUUGUGUUUUCCACCGUUCCCUAAAGUUAUGAAUCUUCCCUAACCGUUCGACCCAUCUUUUCUGAUUCCCUGCACACUCUUGAUAGUCCUUUUUAGCACAAAUUUAAAUCAUCACUUUUUUACGGUAUAGGAUUUAUCUUUCUUAUUUUAAGGGACGUGAAGUCUUUUCUCCUGUGCUCUGCAUUGUUUGUAGUUUCACUCAAGUUAUCGAUCUAUUUGUUUUAUUUGUUUUCCAAAUAUUUGAGGGGGUUUGCGGGGUACUGAGUAAAAUCGCUGUACUCCGGAUUUAUCUCGAACUCGACCCCUCUUUUGUUAUGGGCAGAAAUCGUUUGAUUCCCAUCGGUGAAAUACCUUCUCUUCUAUCUAAGUCUAGGGCCUUAUUGUAUUGAAUAGGAGACUCCCUUUGUUGCCUUGAUUGGGUCCAUUUCCUUCCAUUCUUUUAUUGUGUUUGAACCUAAUUUUCCAUGUAUAGAGGCUCCCUUUCUCUUUCAAAAGAAUUGUUUAACUAUAGAAAGUCUAGAAGCACACCCACAAAUAACUAACUGCACGGAUGCCUCAAUCACUCGACGAAUCUUUUAUAAUGAUUAGUUUUAUUCGAUGACGUCAUACGAGGUCGUUUGUGGAUCAAGAAAUAGAAACCGUCUCUGUUUACAAGCCAAUUAUCAAAGGCACCAUGGAAAAGGCAUAUGGUUGCAAGAACAAAAUCUAUUUCGUAGCCUGUGCGCAGGAAAUCUGCCACGUGGUACUUUAUCGAUGUAAAAUAGAUAUUCCACAAAUUCGAUUAAAAUGUCUGUGCUA